AUGGACGCGCAAAUGGCAGAUUGUGUGGCCUCAGACGCCGCUGCAAACGAACAACGCAUUAUGAGAAGACAUCGCGCCCGCCACACCAAAUCGCGCAAUGGCUGCUACAAUUGCAAAUUGCGCCGUGUCAAAUGUGACGAACUUCAACCCGCCUGCGGCACAUGCUCUUCCAGAGGCGAACCCUGCUCUUACCCCCGCCCACGCGCCCCUUCGAAGAAACCCCCCAGAUCAAGAAAAGAAAAGCCCGGUGAUGACGGCGUAUCCCCGAUACCGGAUUAUUUGACGCCCUCUGAUGAACGUCCACCGCUUGGUGCGAUUGAGCUCUCAGUGGCAAACGCGACAUUACCAGCGAUUUUCUGGAAUCAACCUCACGAUAGGCCGAGGAGCCUGGACAUGGAUGAUUUGAAACUUCUCCAAUUUUUUCAUUUACACACUGCGAGCCAAAUGUCAUUACAAUCGAGGAGAGUCACGGUCUGGCAGCGCAUUAUCCCCGAAUUUGCAACUAUGAAUCGCUACCUGAUGCACCUGCUUUUAGCUCUGGGCGGCAUUCACAUGAUCACACAACAAGUUGAGUCCAGCAGCAAUGGGGGAUUUGAAAACUCAGAUACGGUUGAUCUAGCGACCAUCGAGGAACACCACCAAAGAGGGUUAGAGGGUUUCAGGGAAGCAGUGUCUUGCAUCUCUCCGGCCAAUGCUGAUAGUGUUCUUGCGGGCUCUCUGCUUCUUGUUGGAUUCGCAUUUGCAUCUCUUAAGGUUCAGAAGCUGAAUGCGGUUACCGAGGGGCCCGAAGAGAUUCAAUGGGCCUCAAAAAGCUCUUCAACAAUCGAUUUCCUACGUCUCAACUGGUUAUACCUUAACCGAGGUGUGUCAUCUGUCAUAGGGGACAAAUGGAAUGUUUUGAAAGCCAGCCGGCUUCGGCAGAUGGUGGUCUUUCCACAUAGCGAAGAAUAUUGGAAUAAUUUAGAAUUCGAUGCGCGAUCAUCUCGACUGUCUCGUUGCUCGUCCCGGUUAUUGAAAUUUGCUGAAGGUGCUGGUCAAGCAGUCGCCAACAUCAAGGCUUCCUUAAAUGCGCUGGAGGCCCAUAAGGAUGACUUAUCCAACUGCUCGGGUACGCCGACGUCUCAAUCUUCACCGUCAAUGACUUCAGACUGGGUUUUGGACGCGAAUUUGGAGGCCUUAGGGAUUCUGGACAAGAGUUACUCACGCAUUCUCGCCGUAUUACGAUGCGCAGCGACCCAGAAUCCUGUUGACACGGAAAUCCAGAUGGACUUUGAAGAAGCUGCGAUUUUGGCCUGGCCAGUCUUACUUCCAAGUCCAUUCUUGUCGUCCCUCCAGGGGAGUGAACACAACUUUCUUCAUGGCCACUCACUCGUCCUGCUUGCUCAUUUCUACUUGGUCAACACGCUAGUUGAUUCAUGGUAUUUGAGAGGCUCUUUUGAAAGAGAGAUAGCCAAAGUGAACGCGCUUAUCGGUGCACUGAAUGACAACCUACUCUCAACAUUCAUGCUAUGGCCCAACGAGGUCGUGGCAAUGUCACCGUAA